UUUAGUGACUGCCUGUGAUUGUACCGUGCGCAAUGCGUUCUGAGAACUUUUGUCUGUAGUACUUAACGUAUUUUCGCGUUGUGUCGAGUGAUUUUAAACAAUUCGGGUUGAAUUUAAGAAUGGAAGCGACAAAUCUAGCGCUGUCGCCAAGGGAAGCGCUGAAAUCACGUUCAGACCAUAAGAUCUUGGAGAUGACCAGUAAACCUAACCAAGUGGGGACAGUCCUUCUUUAUGGAGUCCCAAUAGUUUCCCUGGUGAUCGAGGGUAUCGAGCGACUCUGCCUGGCGCAGAUAUCGAAUACAUUGCUGAAACAGUUCUCCUAUAACGAGAUACACAACCGGCGCGUUGCUCUUGGCAUCACCUGUGUUCAAUGUACUCCAGUUCAGCUGGAGAUAUUGAGAAGAGCUGGAGCAAUGCCAGUGUCAUCUAGACGUUGUGGAAUGAUAACUAGACGGGAAGCUGAGCGUCUCUGCAAAUCGUUCCUCGGCGACAACGCUCCACCUCGCCUCCCUGAUGACUUCGCGUUUGCUGUCCACCACGAAUGCGCUUGGGGAUGCCGAGGAGCCUUCCUACCUGCACGGUAUAACUCCUCCAGAGCAAAAUGCAUAAAAUGCACGUACUGUGGACUGUUCUUUUCACCAAAUAAAUUCAUUUUCCACUCCCACCGUGUUGGUCCUGGAGAUAAAUACGUGCAACCUGAUGCGGCUAACUUCAACUCUUGGAGACGGCACAUGAAGUUGAGUGGCACUCCGCCAGUAGAAGUCGUUCAUGCUUGGGAAGAUGUUAAGGCUAUGUUUAACGGUGGUACAAGGAAGCGGAUGCUCUCUGCUUCUAGAAGGUUUCCUAUUCGCAGACCAGAAGAAAGCAGUGAAAGUAAACGAGUGGCUUCAAGUCCACCCAACGCUCAUACACCGGUGCCCAGACUUGCUGACUACGUGUGGGGAGCUAGGUUGCCCUUACCUUAUGCCCUGCCGUGGCUUAAACCCACCCUUUGGACACCAGGGGCACUGACUGCGUUAAGUGGAGUCGGAGCAAUGGACGAGCCUCGUGCAUUUCGUCCCGUCAUUGGACAUCGGCUUGAUUCUCCUCAGACUUCUCCACUCACCUCCCCAAACCGAUCUCCUAAUAGAUCUCCAAGCACAAGAUCGCCACAAGUUAGUCGUUCGCCAAUACUAUCUCCGCUUCAAUCACCGCCACGCUCUCCGCUCCGCUUAUCAGCCCGCUCGUCGCCCGCGCGUUCCACAAAGAGCGACCACGACAGCGAUGUCAGCGUAGACAUUGAGACCACUGAAGACGACCAGACCAAGGAAUUGCCAAGAGCCUGGUCUGGUCGUACCUCAUCAACUCCUCGUACUGAUGAAUGCUGGAGCUCUCUGGUGCCUAAGGUGGAGAGAGAAGAGGACCGUGAGCCCUGGCGACUGCCUGAUCUCCGACCACCAAUGCAUUUCAAUAUGCAUCGCGAGAGAGGAGGCUGCGCUGCCUGCGUUGCUCCACUGCCACUGCUGCCACCCCCUCCACCAGCACCGCACUAAGAAUAAAAAGCAAACACGCACUAACUAUGCACGGACGUCACAAGUUAUACUUCUUUGGCGUAAAUAAAAUUUUAAGUGACUUUUAAACAAACUGCCCAUGUUUGUUGUUAUACAUACAUCAUUUUUGGAACAUUGAUAACGAGCCUAUAAGCUCAAAC